AUGGAGGUGGGAGGCGUAGUGAAAAAGAAGAGCAGAGUGAGGAGAAGUGAAGAAGAGCCUGCCUUGAAGAGAAGGAGGGAAGUGAGGGCAGAAGAGACCAGUGUGGCCAAGGAGGCAGAGAGGGGGGGGAGUGGAGGAGACCCCAGGAAGGGUGGUCGUCUCAGAAGUGGUGGACAUCGCGUCGGAGGGGAUGAAGGUCGUUCCAGUAGUGGUGGGGAUCGCCACAGAGUGGCUAGGCGGCUGGAGGGAGAAGAAGGCCCAGCCAGGACAGGGGUAGACCGCCUUGUGGGGAUUGUGGAAGAGGCAGCCUUACGCUCAGCAGUCAGAUUCAAUGAGGCUGAGCUGCUGAAGGGGUUAUGCUCUGCUCAAAUGGAGAGUGCCCAUGCUGAGCUGCGAGCGGUCAAGUUGGAGCUGGAGAACGAAUGCCAUCAGGUUGUGUCACUCAAGUUCCAGCUGGCUAGUGAGCAGAGGAAGCUGGAGGAGGCCCAAAAAUCCUGCGCGGUCGUGCUCGAACGACAUGAAGAGGCGAUGACCAGUAACGAAGAGCUGGUUAAACAGAAGGAUGAGGCAGACGUGAAGAUUGAUGGUCUACAGAGGGAGCUGGAGGGAGAACGUGCGAAGGUAAUGGAGGAGAUGGACGACCUACAAAAGGAAUUAGAGGAGGAGAGGGCCAAGGCAUCUGCUGAGAGGGCGGGCGUGCAGAGGAAGUUGGCUGAAGAGAGGGCCAAGGCAGCCUCUGAAAGGGCGACCCUGCAGAAACAAUUGGAGGAAGAGAGGGCUAAGGUGGCCUCUGAAAGGGCGACCUUGCAGAAGGAUCUGGACGAAGAGAGGGCCAAGGCAGCCUCUGAAAGGGCGGCAUACCCCGAUCUGUGCGUUGCAGCAGUGGAUCAGUUCAAGGGGCCUGUUGAAUUUCAGAUGGCAGUUGAUGCCGCGGUCCCUAGCAGCUUGGCGAGGGAGGAUGGUUGGAAGAUGUUCAAGCGUAAGGCUGAGGAGCUAUUCCUAGACUUGGACCUGAGUAGUGUGAAAAUUGACGACGACAAUGUGGCCCAGACUUCCCUGGAUGAGGGUAUUGAAGAAGAAGACCUUGUGUCCAGCGAAGAGGAGUAA